AUGGGUGGCAGUCAAGAAGAAUUUCCACUCUUGAACAGCCUUGGCUUGUAUGCUUCCAACAUACUCGGUGAUGGAAACUGCCUGUUUCACGCUCUUAGUGACCAGCUGUACGGCCACCAGAAAGAACACCACGUCAUCCGUGAAAAAGUCAUUGCCUACAUGCGAGACCAUGCCGACUACUACAAGCAAUUCAUAGACGCUCAGCCCGGAGGUGGCACCCGGAGGAAUCCCAAGAGGAAGAAUGUCGGCUCUUUCUCAGCCGUCGCUGCUGCUCCCUCCGAGGCCGACAUAGACCACACCUUUCAGAACCACUUGGGCAGGAUGGCAAAAGGUGGCACAUAUGGUGACAACAUGGAGAUUUCGGCUUUUAGCUCCGCCUACAACGUCGACGUCAAGAUCUACCAGCGAGACUUUGCCUACAUGAUCUCGGGCUCUGGCCAUGCCCAAGACCGCGAGAUAGCUCAUAUUGCUUACCACGCUUGGGAGCACUAUUCAUCCAUCCGAAACCUCGACGGCCCCCACUCUGGCCCGCCCAAAGUCACUGUCAAGGCCUUGUCGCCUGACGAAGAGCAGAAGCAGAAAGAGAGGCUAGCACAAACACCUCACGUGCUCCCCUGGAUGGUCGAUGUUGUUUCGUCCUCUCUUCCAUUUCUUGCCGACAAACCUACCAUCAAACGCACCCUCGAAGAAUGCAAAGGCAAUAUCGAUGCUGCCGUCGAUAAGCUCAUGGGCGCCGAAGAAAACGGCAGCCUUUCAUCUGCACAAGAGAGCUCCAGCGUCGAGCGUGAACCUGAUAGUGAUGAGGAAUACCCAGGCAAAGACGGGCCCAACAAGAAGCGAGACCGCAGGCCGUCAUCACGGCAGCAGUCCGGAGAAGUCAACUCUGACGAAAUGCGAGCCAAGUUCGAGACCCACAACGAUUCUUCUGAAUCCGUCAAGUCGGAACCUUCGGAUCCUUCAAGUUCGCAACCCGACAAGAAGGGCGAGCCUCUUCCUGACACACGACCAAGGCCUACCAUCAGACUCAAGUUCAACUCGCAAAAGCCAUCUUCGCCCGCCCCUGCGUCGGCCAAAGGGCCUCCACGACAGACUGCCCGGGACAAGAGAGACAUCAAGAAGCAAGCACAAAAGGCUGCCCGCAAAGAGCGUGAGCAGGCAGCAGCUGGCGGCGAUCGACCCGAAAGUCCAAACACAUCCGGCAUGAAGCUUCGCAGCAAAGGCAUGGUGAACACCCCUCCGAUUGAGUCUGGCUUCCGCACCCUCUUCAUCUGA